AGUAGCAGCAGCAGCGCAGCGGCAGAGCAUCAGCAGCAGCAGCAACAACAAAACGCACAAAAACAAAGCCAAUACACGCACGCACACACACACAAAAAGGACGCCAAAGGAGAAAAACAAACACAAAGAGCAGGACAGGAUAAGCGCUUUUUCCAGAAAUUGGGUCGCGCCUUCGAGCUUGUUGCUGGAUUUUUCCUCGAUUUGUAUUUAUACAAACAUAUACAUACAUAUUUGUUAGGUGUGUGUGUGUGUGUUGUUGUUGUUCUUCUUCUUCUUGGUCUUUGUCGUUUGUUUGUUGUAACUGUGGCUGUUGUUGUUGUUGUUGCUGGCAGAGGGAGCGAAGAGGAAGAGAGAAUAGCGAAUGUUAUGGCAACACUUGCAGCCUGCGUGUGUGUGGACUGAGGAUAUUGACAAAUAAGGAGGAAGCCUUAUAUAUUUAUGUGUAUAUAACUAACAAAAUCCUGUUCCAAUUGAUGGCAACUCCCGGAGUGUGUGUAUGUGUGGAGUGAGCCAUCGUUAGCCAGAGCACAGCCAGCCAGCCAGGAGCCUUAAAUCUCCACCAGAAACUGUUCAGCAGCCGCAACAGGAACCCCCCAAAAACCCGGACUCCAACCAUAAAUCCUAGUCAAAAUGAGUGUGGUGGGCAAGCAACUAAAUCCUGUGCAGCAGUCAUCCAGCGGAGCCGCCGCCAGCGCAUCUUCUUCCUCCUCCUCCUCAGUCAGCGGCACGGCCACGAGCGGCAGCGGUGGCGAGGCUAAUGGUGGCAGCAGCACAGGUCUGGCAGCAGCGGCGUCGUCCUCCGUCGGCGGAGAAGGAUGCGCUGGUCCAGGUGACUCAAAGCGAUCUUCGGAGCCGUCCAGCGUGACGCCCGAAGAUGUACUGCACCUGACCAAGAUCACCGACGACUAUCUGUGCUCCGCCAAUGCAAAUGUGUUCGAGAUUGACUUUACGCGCUUCAAGAUCCGUGAUCUGGAGAGCGGAGCGGUGCUCUUUGAGAUCGCCAAGCCGCCGAGUGAACAGUUUCCAGACGGACUGUCCGUCGAGGAGACCAUGCUGGCGGCGGCCGAGGAGCUAACGCUGGAGGACACUGCCGAUCCGAAUGCCGGGCGCUAUGUGCGCUAUCAGUUUACGCCGGCAUUUCUCAACCUCAAAACAGUGGGAGCCACUGUGGAAUUCACGGUGGGCAGCCAGCCAGUAAAUAAUUUUCGCAUGAUCGAGCGGCACUUCUUUCGCGAUCGCCUGCUAAAAACCUUUGACUUCGAGUUCGGCUACUGCUUUCCGUAUUCGAAGAAUACGUGCGAGCACAUCUACGAGUUUCCUAACCUUCCACCCGACCUAGUGGCUGAGAUGAUAUCGAGCCCCUUUGAGACACGCUCGGACAGCUUUUACUUUGUGGAAAACCGACUCGUCAUGCACAACAAAGCCGAUUACGCCUACGAUGGAGGCAUUAUAGUCUAAACAAAAAUCUAAAAAAAACGAGAAUCUAAAGAAAGCUAAUCCAAAACAAAAAGGAUCUAAAAAAGAGUCUACAAAAGGAAUCUAAAAGGAUCUAAAAAAAGGAAGAACAGAGCAAAAACUACAACUAAGAAGGAGGAUCGAAGAAACUAGAGCAAAACUAAUAACUAAAAAUUACUACAAAAGCUGUGAGACAAAAUCCAAAUGAAUUGUCACACACACACCACAACCCACACACACUCCACACACACACAUCGAAUUUGAGGGAAUUAUCACAGCCAUUUUAGCCUUAGCACGAGAGUUUUACCCACCAUUCCUGUUUGAUGUAUUUUAGCAAGGAUAAAGACAAACACACAGACACACACACACACACACACACACACACACACACUCAUAAUACAAAGAAAACACACUCACACCGAAGCACGCAAACUGUGUUUAUUUGAUAAAUAAUUUCCCCGAUCUUUGAAUAUAUUUAAUUUUAAGUGCAAUGUGAUUUCGCCUGUUUUUUUCGGUAUCUCUUAUAUGAAUAUGUAUACAUUUUUUAUUUAUUACUAAUUGUAAGUAAACACACACACAUCACACACUCGAAACCAAAGCAAAACGAUCAAGCAUCACUUGCUGUCAAUUUUUUGUAUGCAAAAGGAGAAGAAGGAGGAGGCUGCGGAAGGAUAAUUAAACGAUACGAUCUAUCAUCAGCUUCGCUCUCUCUCUCUCUCUUUGUUCAAUAUGGCAUUUUUUCGUGUCCUGUGUAUGUAUAUUUUUUAAACAAAUAAAAGAGGGGGUCUCAAGGAAGGCAAGCAAAAAAAAAGGAAACCUUAAACCCUGAAAAUCGAAUGUAUCUAACGAGAGAUCACACGCCGAACAACAAGAAUGAUUAAAUUAAAUUACAUUUUAAAUGUACAUACACCACAA